AUGAAUAAUCACAUUUCUUCUAUUUCUUUGGAUGAAUCUAUCUUUGUAGAGCCUAAGGAUAUCAGAUUUCAUAUCCGAGAGUUUUACAAUGCUCUUUAUAGUCAGAAAGUAGGGGUUUGGUUUGAUAUUUCGGGUCUUAAUUUUGAGCAAAUUUCUGAAGUGCAAGCAGAUUCUCUGAUUAAGCCAUUUGAAGAGUCAGAGAUCUUCAGUGCUGGUUCUUCGUCUCGAAAGAAGAAGGCCCCUGUGCCAAAGUUUGCUGGUUCUUCUAACAUAAAAGACUACCGACCUAUUAGUCUAAUUAAUGGACUGUAUAAGAUGCUUUCUAAAGCUCUAUCUCGGAAAUUAUCACCAUUGAUUUCUCAUGUGGUUUUUAAUAGCCACCACGCUUUUUUAAAGGAAAGAAGUAUUCUGGAGUGCUCUAUGAUUGCAAAUGAACUCGUUCAUCUUGCUAAUAGGAUGAAGGAUAAGCAUCAUGUAUUGAAGCUUGAUUUUCAUAAGGUAUUUGAUAGCAUUGCAUGGGACUUCUUAUUUUCAGUUAUGCGAUGCAUGAACUUUCUCGAGAAAUGGAUAAAGUGGAUGUUAUGCUAUUUAUCUUCGGCAACCACUGCUUUGCUUGUAAAUGGUAGUCCUAUUGAUCCAAUUUUUUUACGAAGAUGUGUUCCUCAGGGUGAUUCGAUUUCGCCAUACUUAUUUGUUAUUGCAGUCGAGGGUCUGAAACGCAUUUCAGACAGAUCUGCAGAGAUGGGGUUCAACGAAGGUCUUCCUUUGUCGAAUAGGGAAGCUUACCUUUAG